UCCGCAAAGAGACCAAAUCGAAGCUGGGAUGAGGUGGAAUCUUGCGACCGACAGGUUGGGAUACUUCAGUCUUAUCUGUGAAAUGCAACAUCAAGACCAUUUGCUUGUGACCACCCGACAGGUCAAACAUGCCUGGGCUGAUGGGCCGAAGGUUGCUGUGCAGCGGUUGGAGGAUGCUGACGACUCUGAGUCAGAAGUCUCAGAGGAGGAGGAUGUGAGUGAUGAAGAAUCCUCAGAGGAAGUCGAUGACUUCGAUUGCCUGUGCCUACAUCGGUUUCAUUUUUCGACCUCCAGUGGAAGCAGUCCUGGUCCGGUGUCCUUUGACUGUGAAAGUGCACAGCAGCUGGCCGACCGGGCGGUUUUUGACCUGAAGGCGCGAGGGGACAUGGCAGGGUGCCGCAAGGUCUACACUGUCAUCAAAAAAUCUGAGAUGGAGAUUACAGGAGACGGCGUUUCCUGCAAGGUCCGAGUCCAACGUGCUGAAGUCGCGAUCGCCGAGUUGGAGGAGGCCAUAUUUGUUGUGACAUUGGUUCCUGAGGGCGCAAAGGGGGCAGAGUGGUGCUCACGGACAGAGAGGGCGCAAAGGGCCGCAAAAGGUGUCGAAGGUUGGAUUUUUACCUGUGGGUCUGAUCGUUUGCAUGACUUUCUCACCAAGAUCAGCUAUGCCGGUGGAAUUCGAUCAGGCUUGACAAACCACUACCACAUGUUUGCCCAGGGAAAGCAGGGGCUCGGUGCCUUCAGCUUUGUAGCCUGUGCGGCUGAAAUGAAGACUGACCGGAUCGUAGCAAUCAAGAACCUCAAACUGCAGGUAAACCCCAUCACCAUUUUUAAGGAGGUCGACAUGUUACGUGCGGGGCAAGGCCAUCCGAACAUUGUUCGCUUCCACGGGCUGUGGGCCGACUCGACCCCAUCCGAGCAGUCCAAGGGUGGCAAGCAAUGGUACAUGGUCAUGGACUACUUCAAGUGCGAUCUGUAUGACCGCAUCGUGGAGGGUCGCAGGCUUCGAGAAAAGGAGUGUAUUCCCAUUCUCCACAAUGUGUUGGCUGCGAUUGCUUUCCUACACCAGCGACAGAUUUUCCACAGGGACAUCAAGCCAGAGAAUUUGUUGGUCGACACUUCCGCGAGGGUCGUCUUGACCGAUUUCGGUAUCGCGUGCCUUGUCACGGAGCAGGAGGAGCUCAAGCGGGUAGUGGGCACCGUGGGUUAUGCAGCUCCAGAGAUGCUGGCAGGCACAGCCACGAGCUUUGAAGCGGACGAGUUCGGUGCUGGCAUCGUGCUGUACUUCAUGCUCUCGAAAUCCACACCCUUCCUUGCACCCACGACAGCCAAAACCAUCGAAAAGACCAUGGAGGGCAAGGUAAACUUGCGCUAUGGCUGCUUUGACCACAUCAGCGAGCAUUGUCGCACCAUGAUCUAUGGCCUUAUCUGCAAGGAUGUUGCUGCCAGAAUCAAGGCCCAUGAAGCCUUGAGAACAGCCUACAUGAUGUCUCGUGCGAGCAUGACGGAGCCAGUUCUUGAUAGUAUACCGCAGGUGCAGCCAAAGAAGCCGCAAGGAAACCUGCCUAAUGUCAUGGAGGUCUCUGAGCCAUCUGACAAGCUUGGGUGUGCCACGCAGGGACACCUUCCGUUUCUCCGCAAGAAGUGAACCGCGGUUGUUCGGCUGGCCGGUGGGACAGUAUUCUGACACCUGGUGAGCUACUUCACGAGAAUCCUUGCAGGGACUCAGCACAGAUCCUGGAUGAGCGCCAAUGCUGCGCACUCCUUGCUCCGACAUGAUGUUGCUCUCGAAUGUUCUGACAUAAACUUGGAUCCCUUGUGCUGAAGCUGCUGGACUGACAACCUCUUGCAACAC